UUGUGACUAUGAAGUCUCCUGAUGAUGUAAAUGUUGACGAAUCAGUGGAAAUAGUUGAUGAUACCGAAGAGAAAUUAUAUGAUGUUGAAACUACAACUUUAAUUCCUGAAGAACCUGAUGAAGAAGCACCAGGAACAUCAACAAUAUCAAAUCACGAGGAAUAUUAUCAAAGCGGUGAAGAAAAUAUUGAGUCUCGAAUAAAUCAUGAAGAACAAGUAACUGAAUUGCCUCAGGAAACUACGACUGCAGAACAUGAAGCUUCAACUGAAGGAACGGAAAUGACGACACAAGUUAGUGAGCAAACUACAAAAAGAGAAUCUGAAGAAGAAUCUAGCUAUAUUACAGAUAGAAUUGGCAUAUAUGACACAACAGAGACAACGGAAACAAGUGAGAAGGAAACGACAACGGAAGAGGAUCAAAGUACAACUGAAUACAAACUGCAAACGGACGUCGAUGGUGCAAAUUAUAAUGACAUGCAAACAACGACUAUAAAGCCUCGUUAUCAUUAUUACCAUGAUAAUUCGGAAUACGACGAAGAAACAGUUGAAGAAAAUUAUGAAAAUCAGUCGACGGCUGAAGUAACAAGUGAUGUGACAACUGAAUCAAUUCCUGAUAGUACAAUUGAGGAAGAAUCAUCAACAAUCGUAUAUAAUAGAGAUGAUAUUAUGCCUAGAAUGAAUUACGACGAAGCAGAAAGUACAACGAUUGAAAACAGUCUAAAGGAUUCAGAGGAAACAUCGACAGAUAUGCUUAUCUCAACAACGGAACGCAUUGAGCAGACAACAACAGAAAGAGUUGAUCAAACAACAAUUACAACGGAAGAAGACAGUGAAAGGAGCGAUUAUAUUGUGGACAGAAUCAAUAUCUAUGAAGAAGAGACGCAGAAAGCAACGGAACUAGGUGAAGACGCAACCACUGAGAUCACAAGCAACCAUGCAAAGCAGGAGGACGACACGUAUAAUUUGAGUGAAGGACCAAGCAUUGAAGAUUACGGGUUCUCAAAGGAGGACGUAAGCAACGAUACAAUGCCAGAAGAUGACUACGGAUCAGUUAGCAGUGUGGUGAACGCAGAAGAUGAGCAGAUAACGAAGAAAACACAGCCGCAAACGAAUACUGUGAAGAAGCCAAAGGCAAGUCCGAUGAGACAAAAGAGAAAAGGAUCUGUUGAAGUUCACAAUGUUUCACACAAUUCUGAUCACAAAGACGGCAAAGUGAUUUCCGGCAGAAGAGAACGGAAGGGAUUGCUGAAGCAGGUCACAGAUGACGUUUCGACGAUUUCCAGGAGAAUCUCUAUCGGAAAGUAGAACUUGGAAACAGCGUGAAUCGUGCCAAAGUAUUUUUAGAUUAAUUACUUAACAAUAUCACUCAUCACGACUGUCCAUUGCCACGCUCCUCCGCUGGGGAGUUUCCAUGCAGUUCCACUCUGAAAUCCAUCGCAAUGAGACCAAGUUUCUUGCUGUUCCUCGCCCUCGUCUUCCUUUGCCAGGAAGGCGCGAGGGCUUUUCCUGCGGUUGACCACAAACUGCUUGUUGACUAUGUCAGUCCUAUAGCUUCUCACGUCGAUCCUUACUACGAUGUGGAUCCCAAGUAUUUAUACGAUCUUCUGAACGUUCAUGCACCCAUGGAAGAAAAAGCCGUUGAAGAGACUCCUGUGGAUUAUGGCGCUCUUGGAGCGAAAGGACACUCUGUAGUGUUCUCCACUGGUGUCGAGACCGAGACUCUCGUUAAGACUGCCGACCAGACUUUGACUGCUGCAGAGAUGGCAAAGAAAUUCCAGGAAACCUACAACCAAAAGGAUCUCCAUUUGAAGCAAUACGCAGGAUAUGAAUACUAAUUCCAUUGUACAUUUUGCGGUGUCGGUAAUAAAAGGGGUUUAGCAAUGAAAAGAGAGUCUCACGCAA